UCGACGACCACCCCCAACGCGAUUGAGCUCACAGGUUAGAUAGAGGUUUUGCCAAUCAUAGCAGGGGCUAGAUCGUGACAGGUGUGGUGUUAGCUACUUGCCAGGGAAAUCCAGAAAGGGAGAGAAGCAGCUAGCUAAUCAUGGGUGAUCAGACCAAGUGCUCGUCGUACACGAGGCUGGGCCUGCGGCGGUGGCCGCGGCCGGCGAGGGGGUUCCGGCUGAGCCCGACGCGCAUCUCCGUGCGCCGCCUGCGUGCCAGGCUGUCUACGCUGCUGGGGCUCCUGGGCCGCUACGUGCGCAACCUGCGGCUGCUCACGAGGGGCCGCGUCGCGGCGGGCAGCAGCUCGCCCCCUGCCGGCGCCACCGGCGGCAGCAGGAGGUUUCUGGUGGGCGGCCAGAAACCAAGCGCCGUCGCCGGAAAGGGAGCUCAUCAGGUUGGUGGGAACGGCAACGGCAGCAAGGCGCCGCGGCGGCCGCCGUGCAUGCGUUCCAACUCGUUCUAUGCUCGCGCCGUCGCCGAGUGCCUCGAGUUCAUCAAGGGCAGCAACGUCCCGCCGGCCUCGCCGUCGCCGCUGGCGCCGCACGGCACGCCGCGGCGCGGCAGCAGGUGCUGAGAAGGCGACGACGCGAGUUUUAAUUACCAGGUCGUGCAGAUUUUUUUUUUUGGAGCAAAACCAGGUCGUGCAGAUGAGUCCAUCAGCUUGUAGAUACGCCGUCGGGUGUUCAUGGUUGGAUACUUGGAUGUUUUGUUCUUAUUCUUCGUUGGAAACUUGGAACCCUGGCAGUUUUUUUUUCUUUUUAAUUUCCUUCUGUAAGAGUUUUUAUGUUUUAGUUAGAUUCUUUUUAGUGAGAAAAAAGGGUAAAAAUGUGAUGAAGGUCUAUGAGAAGAGGGUUGACGAUUGAUGCAAAAACAUGUGAGUGGCUGAGUGCCACAUAAUUUGUCAAGGAUUGCCACAUGUGAUUUUUCGGUGUGAGAAUA